UCAAAUUGAUCGAAUUGAGUACAUUCAACAUAAAAUUAUGUUUUAUUUCAGGUCACCUCAUGAUGCAGCCGCUAUCCACAAUCAGCAUCUUAAUCGCGCUUCUGAUGGUUUCUCGAACGGACUCAUCGAAACAUGCAUUGAAUAGGACCUACAUGGAGGACACAGUCAUGAAUUAUGACAACGCCACUGUACGUGCAGCGAACUUCGUUACGUUCAGCGAUUCAGACAAAUUGGCGCCGACGCACUUUGUCUUCAGAAAUGAAGUUACCUACGAUAAUUUCACUGACUACAUCGACAUUUCGAUGGAAUACAUUAUAGGAUCGAUACUAUGGUGGAUGUGGUUGAUGAUAGCCCUACACUGCGUGGUAUUUCUCAUCGGUCUCGUGGGCAACAGCCUAGUGUGCGUAGCCGUAUACAGAAAUCACACUAUGAGAACUGUCACCAACUAUUUUAUAGUGAACCUAGCUGUGGCUGAUUUCCUAGUGAUACUCUUCUGUCUGCCGCCGUCACUUCUUUGGGAUGUCACCAGCACAUGGUGGUUUGGUGCGACGGUGUGCAAAGUGGUACUUUAUUUACAGGUAGGUUAUAUUGUUCUUCCCCAAGUUUAAAGUCAAUUUAAAAUGAAUUUUAGUAACAAUUUAAGUUGAAACCAUUUUUUAUAUAGGUUAUGUUACAUAUUAUGACUUCGGCUUGCGAAAAAUCUCGAUACUACAGACCAAAAUAUGUGA